AUGGCUGUGAGCAGGCCUGCGUCGCCAGCGUCCUUCGCAGGACCUGCCUCGCGCCCGCCUUCGCGCAACGGGCACCGCCUCAGCUACGCCCUAUCGCUUGAUCUGGCGACGAAGCGCUCGACGCCGUCAACAUCUGACGAUCCGCGCCCAUCUGGCCUCGUGCGCGCCCAUGAGCCACCGAGUCCGACUGGCCUCUUGCCGUCGUUCGCACGAGGUCGGAUGCUCCCCCCGCCCGUUCCCGCCCGUUCUCACCUCAACUCGGACCCUCGCGCGUACUCGAGCUCGUCGCCGCAGACGAACUACACCCACCUUCGGCCCAUCCACGCCGCGACGAACGGGAACGGCGCGUCGUUCGCAAAGCCACGAGCGCCGUCACCAGCGAGGUCGGGCGCCAAGCUGCCGUCCCUAGCGGCGUCGCAGUCAAGCUCUCGUCUUCCAGCACCGUCGGCGACAAACGGUCGACUGUCAGGGUCGUCGAAGAACGGAUGGAAUGGGGCUGUACCGACAUCGCAGGCAGCCUCGUCGCGCGGCGUGCCGGGUUCUACGUCCUUUGCCCGCCCGCCUUCGCCUCUCCGUCACGCCCACUCAUUCCACUCGCUCCCGAAGACGUCUCACCGCACCAUUCCUGAGCCGACGACUUUCGCUCGACCAGCUUCGCCCGCCUCUCACGGUCCAAGCCAGCCUUCGCAGUCCUCGGCGCGCUUCCACCCGCCGCCUCUUAAUGUUCAGGCCAGCAUGGCCUCCCUCCGCCGCAAGGCUUCGCAGAUCGAGCUGGACUCGCCUACGACGGCCAGUCAACCUCCUUCACCCGCCGCACCCGCACACUUCUCGAUGACCGACCGCCACCGCACGCCUCGCUCGAACCAGGACGGUUACCGCAACCUCGUUCGGCGCGCCUCGACGUCCGAGUUUGGCGCCGUCAAGAUGGAACUCGACGAGGAUGCGAGCAUGUUGGCUGCGCCACCGCGUCCUCCUUCACGCUCUUCGACCCUUCCCACCGCUUCGUCUUCCUCCGGCGCACCCGUCAACCGCGGCGACUACUCGAUCCUCCGUCGCGGUUACCCAGCCCAAGUCCUCUCGCCUCACUCAGUCCACCACUUCUUCCCUCCCGACGACCCUCGCAUCGCACCUCCCGCCGACUCGGAGAUCCGCGAACGAGACGCCCAAGCCGCUCAGCCGAACAAACGGACAAUCUUCUCGCCGUACGAGUUGAGCGUUCUCCAAGGCUUGUGGGCGGCUGGCGCGUAUUAUCCGGCUUCCCACCAGGUUGAGGAAGUCCAGCGCCGCACAGGCUUGUCGAGGCUGCAGGUCAGAAACUGGUUCGCGAACAAGCGGCAGAGGGCGACAGGCGACGAGAAGCUUCGCGUCAUCGAGAUGGGCAAGGGGCUCUCCGUUGCUUACUAG